AAUUCACAUCUGGCGCGAUGGUGCUCCAAAAAAACCCGCUAACGUCAAGUUUAAACUGUCAUUUGCUUUUGACAAGUCGAAACUUUUUGCUUGGGGAUGUCGUUUGCUUUGAGCAAACUGCAAGAAGAAGAAGAAAAUUUCGCAGCGCGAGACCGCGUUUACCAAAAUCGUUCCCACUGCAUUUUCCACAAUUAUCGUUCCUAUUUCAGCAGGCGUGACUACAGCAAACAUCAACGACUGCAAUGACAAAGUGUUGACAGUGUAAUCGUAUUGGGAAAAGUGUGCGUGUGCCUAAGGUUAGCGGCAAAACUCCUGCCCCGUACGUGCUCUGUGUCAUCCGUUGAAGCAAUCCAGUGCUCAGCCUGCUCAGUGCCUGGAAAGUGAAGGUUGCAAAAGAGUGAUCCUAGGCCGGCCGAUAUGGAGAUGGCCCACGAAGUGGUGGAACUCGCCAACGAGCUGGCACGUGCCGUAAAGAUAACAAUGGAUCCAGAAGCAACACAGCAGGCACGGAUGGACGCAUACGUAGCCUGUGAACGAUUCAAAGAUGUGUCUCCGCUGUGCGCACAAGCGGGUCUUUCACUGGUGACCGGCAACUAUCCGCCCAUCGUACGUCACUUCGGGCUGCAGCUGAUGGAACAUACGAUCAAGUUCAAUUGGAACAGCAUUUCCCAGCAGGAGAAAAUAUUCAUCAAAGAAAACGCGAUGAAACUGCUAAAUGCCGGCGUCGGGGAAGCACAGGAUCAAAGUCUCGCUCACAUUAAGGACGGCGUGUCACGAAUUAUCGUGGAGAUGAUCAAACGGGAAUGGCCCCAACAAUGGACUACGCUGCUGGUUGAGCUGAGUGAUGCCUGUUCGCAGGGCAUGGCGCAGACGGAGCUGGUACUGUUGGUGUUUCUUCGAUUAGUGGAAGACGUAGCACUGCUGCAGACAAUCGAAUCCAAUCAAAGGCGGAAGGACAUUUACCAGGCACUGACCGUGAAUAUGUCGGAGAUAUUCAACUUUUUCCUACGACUAAUCGAACUCCACGUGGGUGAGUUCCGAAGCGCUACCUCGGUUGGAGAUAAGCAUAAGGCACACGGUCACAGUCGUGUCGUGCAGGUCGCAUUGCAAACACUAACCGGGUUCGUAGAGUGGGUUUCCAUCAAUCAUGUCAUGGCGGCAAACGGACGGUUACUACAGAUUCUGUGCAUUUUGCUGACGGACGUCGACUUCCAGCAACCGGCUGCAGAUUGCCUUGGACAGAUUGCAAACCGGCGAGGGCAGUUGAAGGAUCGCAAACCGUUGCUCUUGCUCUUCGAGGAUGCUCCGGUUGAGCAUUACUAUCAAGCGGCCUCACAAAAUGAUCGUCUCGGGACGGAAUCGUACUAUAUGUUCCUGAAAAAACUCAUCCCAGUGCUGACCGGAUUAGCAUCGCAGCUUACGGCCUUGUGGGGCAAGGAAGACUGUCAACCCAUUCGUCCCCACUGUUUGGCGACCUUCUUAGGCACGGUACUGAUCUUUACGCGUCACUCCAGCUACAGUCUCGCUCAUCCCGCUGCCCUGAUUUGGACGAGCCUGUUAAAGCACGAGCAAAUAUCCAAGGAGCAUCAGGUUCUCGAGUACAUUCCAAAGGUGAUCGAAGUGAUCGGACCGAAAAUCAUAAAGGUAAACUAUCCGCUAAUGCGCCCCACGGAGGUAACGAUGCAUCCGCAAACGUUCGCCAGUCUCGAUUACGACGGAGAGGAAGAGUGGUUAGUGUUUUUCUAUCGCUGUCGAACGGAUUUUUUGGAAAUCUUUCGUCAGGCGACACUAAUAGCACCGCUCGUAACGUUUUCCUACUGCGAACACUGGCUUAGUGCAAGGCUACAGAAAACGACCACGACCGAGCGUAACAGCGCGUGCAGUGUUACCGAUCCGGUAUACCUCGAAUGGGACGCACUGACCAACGUGCUAGAUGGGGUGUUAUCGCGCAUUCUAAUGGUCACCGAACGUCCGUCCGUGUCGGCCGGAUUAAGGCUGCUCGAGGAAUGUUUGAAGGUGGAAUCAACCGAUCCGCUCGUCCUGUCGGUGUUACUGUCCUGCAUUUCCUCACUGUUCGUGUUUCUCAGCAUGUCCUCCUGCCAAAUAACGGCAGCGAACUGUGUCGCCAUGACCGGUGUCCAGCUGUUGCCACGGGUGCUGGAAAAGAUAUUCGCCUCACUCAUUUUUCAAGAACAGGGAGAAACACGGCACACGCGUUCGGUAGCGGUUAAAAAUUUGCGUCGCCAUGCGGCCGCUCUAAUGGUGAAAAUAGCGCACAAAUAUCCGCUUCUGCUGUUGCCCAUCUUUGACCAGAUCAACACAAGCGUAAAGAACCUCAUCAUUCAGCCGGAACGGCUCAGCAAGGUUGAGCAGGUAACGUUGCUGGAAGCGUUGCUGCUAAUUUCGAACCAUUUCUGUGACUUUGAGCGUCAAAGCGGCUUCGUGUCGGAAGUCAUUCGCGAUGGAGUAUCGAUCUGGGGCGGAAUACUGAUGCCGGUAGUAAAAAAUGCUCACACCUUCAUCGAGUACGUCGGUCUGAACCAUCCAGCCAUUGAACCGUUUGCCACUACAAUCGAGGAUCCGUACAACGUAAACCGAAGGCAGCUUACGUACGCGCUCAGUCUCGUCCUGGGUGUUAUCAAGCGUUGCUCUUGGCCAGAUGAUCCGGAUCGUUGUUCGCGUGGUGGCUUCGUCGUAGCGUUAACCGAGUCUGGGAAUCCGAUCUGCCGCAAUCCAGCUACCUCGCACGUUGUCCCACUGUUACCCCACAUCCUGUCGCUGAUGCGCUGCCUCAACGAGUUGUGGAAACCGGACGCAUUGCAGACAUUUUCUGCCUCUUUUCGCAAUGCCAAUGGUAUGCAGGAGAGCGAGAAAAAGCAACUGCUCGGUGUGUCGCCGGUGCUGCAGGAUCCGCUUGAUCCGUCGCAAAAGAUGCCACCGACAGCUUUCGGGCGCAUGCAAACGUUUCUGUCGAAUAUCUUCGAGCACUGUUAUCACAUGAUGGGAUCGGCUGGACCGUCGCUCGGGCGAGAUCUCUACGCCCUGCCCGGAAUCGCGAACGCUAUCGUUGGAAGUGUGUUUGCCAGCCUGGAGUAUGUGCCAGAUUUUCGCCUCCGAACCAUCGUUCGGGUAUUUCUUAAGCCAUUUAUCUACUCCUGCCCACCGGUGUUCCAUGAGCCAGUUCUUUUGCCGAUCUUUGCCCACUUUGUACCAUUCAUGUUGACAAGACUGACUGCUCGCUGGCAUUACAUUACGUCGCUAUACGAAUCUGGCGAGCUUGGGGAGGAUGUGAGCGACACACAGGAAGUGUUGGAAGAUAUGCUCAAUCGAACGCUUACCCGAGAGUAUAUUGAUGUGCUCAAGGUGGCACUGGUCGGAAGUACCAUAGAUCCGACCGCAAAUUCAGCCACCGAUGCACCGAUGGCUGGCGGUAUGGAUCAGGAUGAUCAGAGUAUGGACGGUACACCGCAAGCGCUGACACGCGCUGCACAAUCUGCCAUGACGUCGGAAGUCAUCAGUGAUCUCGGUGGGAAAUUGCUGCGCAAUCAAUACACUAGUAAUUCCAUCGUUAUGACGGUUUUAAGCGUGCUUUCGUGGAAUGACAGCAAUUCGAGCUUGAAAGCGACACUGCUCAGCGGUCCAAUCAUACGAUUCCUAGCGUCGGAACAGUUAGUCACGGAAACGUUAGCAUCACACAUUAUCAUCGCGGUAUUGAAGGCACUUCAGCUGCACGGUCAGCACGAAUCUAAUCAGACAUCGCUCAUUACGCUCGGUGUGCAGACGUACGAAAUACUUCGACCAAAGUUCCCAAACAUACUGGAAGUGUUGCAGCAGAUCCCGAACGUGAGCGCCGGUGAUAUACAGAAGCUUGACGAAAAGAUAUCGUCCGGCAGCACGAAAGGGAACAAGAUCGAUAAGGCAAAGAAGGAUCUGUUCAAAAAGAUCACAACGAAUAUCAUUGGACGUAACAUUGGUCAGCAUGGUCGGAAGGAGGUAAAAAUUCUGAACCUUCCACCGAUCGUCGCCCCACCCAACAAUCAUCGCUCGAACGCAUUUAAUUUGAUUGAAAGCAACCAGGAAACUGGGCUGGCGCAUUUAUUCGUCCGACGUAGUUAGUGUCAUGUUGUGGGUGUGUUGUAGUCGGGACAGACAUGCGCAUCCGGCGUUAGAGUUCAUCGAACCGCAAAGGAUGCAUCUAUCUGAAAAGGCUGUACUCUUGGCAGGGAAAGACGACAAAAUUCCGAAGCAUACACUCAAGACUUGUGAAUACUUUUUUAUUAUAAAUUUAUGCUUAAGCUUCGUACUUUUUUAUAUUUAUUAGUCAAUCGUGAAAUAAUGCAAGUCUUGAGGCGCGCUUCUGCCUUUGGCAAGUUUUGAAGGGGGGUGAGCGGGCGCAACGAACGAUAAUUUUGUAAAGCUAAUCGUUCGGCACCGGAUGAACCGUUACGCUUAUGCGUUUGUUUUUUUUCUCCUUCAAACGAAUUACCGUUACCGUUUAUUGCUUUUUCCAUAAUAGCGCAACCAGUGUAGGGCAGUGUAAAAUAGUUACUGUUUUCGUGUAAAAAUUGGAAAUUAAAUUUCUCUGUUAUGAUAUCGUCACCAGCUUGUAGGUAUGUUUUUUGAA